AUGGGGCCGGCUGGGCGCCAGUUCGGAGCCCUGAUCUGGAAGAACUGGCUUUGCAGACUCAGGCACCCGGUCCUUUCUCUUGCUGAAUUCUUUUGGCCAUGUAUCCUCUUCAUGAUUCUGACAGUGCUUCGUUUUCAAGAGCCUCCCAGACACAGAGACAAUUGUUUUUUGCAACCUCGGGAUCUGCCCAGCCGAGGCGUUUUCCCCUUUGUCCAAGGCCUUCUUUGCAACACGGGGUCGACCUGCCGGAACCAGAGCUAUGAGGGAGCCACGGAGCACCAUUCUCGUUCGUCCAGGUUCUGGGCUGCAGCUGGCAGGCCCGGGAAGGUCAACGACCUGGCCUUCCUGAAAGAGGUGCGGGAGCUGGCCGAGGAAGUUUACGACGUGAUGGACAAGGCAAAGAUCUUACAGGAACUUUGGGCAGGAAGAUCCAAGGGCCCAGAUUCUUCUCAUGGCUCCAGUUUUUUGGCAAUGGAUCUCAAUAAGACGGAGGAGGUGAUCUCGAAAUUGGAAAAGCUCCACCAGCAGCCCCAUAUCUGGAAUUUUCUACGUCUGCUGCCGAGACUGUAUGCCCACGACACUGGCGUCGCAGACCGCAUCCGCACGGGGAUACGCCUCCUCCAGGCAGCUCUGAAUUCCUUGGCAACUUUGGAAGAUUUAGACUGGCUGCCACUCGACCACAGGUUUUCCACCGUUUCCGAAAUCGCACUGAAUGUGACCCUUUCGAUGCUGACGUUUCUGCAGGAGCGGGGAGCAGCCACCCCUGACUUAGGAUACACCUUGUCCCUGAAGAACCUGGUGUGGGAUCCACAGAAGGUCCAGGCUGACCUGAAGUCCCGAUUUGGUUUUGACGACCUUCAUGCAGAACAGAUCCUGAAUUACUCAGCCGAACUACAGGAGAUUCCCACAGAUGGGACCUUGGAGCGGAUGGUGUGUUCCGUCUUGUCCCGAACCUCCGAGGACGAAGCUGGCCAAGAGGGUCACCCUGGAGACUGUCACCCCCGCUGGUCAGCGGCCACAGACUACCUGGUGCACGCAGUCAGCUGGCUGCAAGUCUACAAGCAGGUGUUCGAUCAGUGGCAAAAAGGCAGCCUGCUUCAGAAGGUGCUCGAAGGGGCUGCCCGCAGCCUGGAGGCUCUCGGUGAUCGGUUUGUGGAAGAGACUGAGCCCCGGAAGGUGCUAGAAGCCCUGCACACUCUCCUUCUCAUCCUGAGCGACGGCUUGGCAGCAGAUGACCCCAGUGGUGACCAUUCAUCUCCAAAGACAUUACUGUAUCUACAGAAGUUGGAGAAUGUUCUUCGAAACCUGCCCCCAUGGCCGGCUCGGACGAGAUUGCUUCCGCUGUACGGGGCUCUCAGGAACUCGAUAGCCCAGCGUUUACGUUUUGUCCAAGAAGUCCUCGUGUGCCUGGAGAGAUCAGCCAACAGCUCCAAACUGGGCAGACCUGACCACCCGAAAUUGGAAAAGGGCGAGUUCUUUUGGGAGCUGAAGCAGCUCUUGAUGAAGGAUACCGCUGACAGGUGCCUAAACUCCAGCUUGUCUGGGAGGGAGGCUUUCCUGUGUCCUGGCGUCUGGGAGGGCCUUGGGGGGCUGACGUGUCCCCAGGACUCCUUCAACAAGAGCAGCGUCUUAAACAAGCUACUGAGGUCAGCAGAGGACGCUGAUCGCCUUUUGCGAGAACUCAUCGCUGGGCUCACAGAUAUGCCAGAUUCGGUACCCGGAGGGUUUCUGGGCUGGCAGGAAGUGGAGACACAACUGGCGGACAUGGGCCUGUCCUGCACGCGGCUCUUCCAGGUGCUGGGAGCUGCCGGCUCACCUGGGAACAGUGACCUUGCCGGUGACUGUGAGGACCAGCUUCUCGCCGCAGCGGUGUUUCAUAGUCUGGAGCAGGUGCAGUUGUCCCUGGAAGAAACAUCCUACUGGAAAGCCUUUGAGGGGUUUAUCAGGAAGACCUGUGAACUGGUCCGUUACGUGAAUGCGCCAGAAAGUGUCCAGAACGGUCUAUCUGGGAUGCUUUGGGAACGAAUAGAGAUGAAUGCGCGUAUCCAACCUUCCAUGUCGUCAGGGAAAACCUUGGACAGGAUCUUGAAUUCCUCCAAGGAACUUCUCCUGAUGGAAAAGAGAUUGCAUUCCCUGGAGGAUGAGCAAAUGCACUUUUUUUUAUCGCUGGUGGGAUUUCUGGAGAAAUUAUUGCCUAAUCCUUUCGACUCGCCCCGGGUUCCCAAAUCCCGUGACCGCCCAUCUCCCACCGAGACUCUUCUGAACACAAGCCAUUUGUGGGUAAAUCAUUCAAGAAGUUUAGAGAGAGACCCAUCUGCUCUUGAUACUCAGAAACUUUUGGAACUUGGCAAAGCAGUGAUCGCAAGAGCACAAACUCUUGAACGUCUCUGGACAGAGAAGGAAUCAAAUGAUAUUUUGAGAUUUAUGGAAUUAGUACUUUCUGAAAUGAAUCCCAAGCUCCUGGAAUUGUGGAUGGAUGGCAUUUCAAAAGGAGAAAGAGACACACUGGAGACCUUGACUACAGGUCUUAACUUUUCUGUUCCAGAAGACGAGAGGGUUCUUAGCAAAAGCUUUAACUUUUCUCAGUUGUUCCAUUCAGAUUGGCCUCCAUCGCCAUCUGUGAAAAUGGACUUUGUACAUUUAUGUGAAACGGUCCUAAGCAGCCUCUAUGAAUUCGGAUUUCUGAGGCAGGGCCAAGUCUCAGAGGCUCUGGACGUAGUCUGCGCUUUACGGAACCUGUCUGAGCGUUUCUCAGCCCUUCCUGAACCCGAAAAACGAGAAGUUGCUAAAAUCUUGACUCAGCUCUAUCUCAGCGUCUUCCAGGACAAAGAUUCAGCUUUGCUUCUGCAGAUUUAUUCUUCCUGGUUCCAAUCCAUGUCUGAAUUCUUGAGCAUUCAGGGCACAGACUCUUUGCUACCCUCCCUUGCACAAAUCUCAAAACACAUUUUGGAUAUCAUAAAGCAAUUUCAUUUCCAGAACAUCAGUGAAGCAUUUGCAUUUUUAUAUGAGACAACAGGGGUUCUCGAGGGAAUUUCGGAGGGAUCUUAUUGUCAGCAGUUGCUUUCAUUUUUUAACUACUUGGAACUUCAGGCCCAAUCCCUGGUGUCUACACAGGGCCCUGAAUUGGAAGUGAUUCAUGCUACGUUGACAGGUCUCAAACAGCUGCUCGUGGCCAACAAGGAUUUCCGUAUUUCUUUCUUUCAGUACAUGAGCCAGUUCUUCAACGGAUCAGUAGAAGCCCUUUUGGGUAAUGAAUGCUUUGCUUUGGAUAGUAAAAACGUUUCUUCCGUGAAUUAUUCAACAGACAGAGGGUCUUCAUUUAUUCUUCCGUGGGCACAAAUUCUUUCAAACCAGUCCGCGAAUGGCAGUGUGUUCAAUGAGUUAAUGGCUGUUCGCUGCACUGUCUCGUGGCUCCAAAUGUGGACUGAUAUCUGGGGAAGCAUAUCUCAGAUAUUCAAGUUUGGCGUGAAUAUUUUCACACCUCUUCAUGAUGGCCUCACUCAGCUUCUGGAUGAAUUGGAAGGUGAUGUGAAAGUUUCUAAAAGCUGCCAACGAAUGUUUCCUACCCACCACCCCGCCAGACUCAUACUGAAUUUGUUUAAAAAUGUAACCCAAGCUGAUGGCUUUCAUGAUUGGGAUGAGUUUUUGAGUCUCAGGGAUCUUUGGGUAGUAGUGGGUGAUGCCUUAGUUAGUGUAAAGUCACUUAACCCCGACCAAGUAGAGAAAUCCCUUUUCACCAUGGAGACUGCCCUGAGUCAGCUAAAGACAUUUCCAUUAAACACAAAUGCCAGCAGAGAGUUUUUAUAUUCUCUGCUUGACGUUUUCAUGGAGUUAAGCGAUACCUCAGAAUACAUCGACAGAGAUGUACAAUUGUUAAAUCACUUUCUUUCAAAUAACCUCACAAAUCAUGGAGUGAAGUUUGAAAGUGUCAUCAACGAGCUAAGAGAAACAAUGUUAUUGCUUAGAAAUGUGUCACGUGACCAAGAUUUAUUGUCCUGUGCCAAUAUUUUCCAAAAUGUUACCGAGUUUAUUUUGGAAGAUGGCUUAUUAUAUGUAAAUAUCUCACAGAGGACAUUACAUAUUCUGGCCAUGUUAAAUUCCACAUUUUCCUCCGAGGACACAAUCAGCAGACGGAAGGGGUGCGUUGCAUGGGUAGAUAUCAUGAACCAUCUGUACAUGAUGUAUAACUCCAGUGUUUCACAAGGUUAUCCUCGGGGUAUUUGGAAGAGUUUCAGAGAUGUAGAGAACAAAAUUAACUCUACAUUGAAGCUUGUUACUGGGAUGCUGAAUAUAAAGGACUCUCAUUGUUCGUUCAACAUGUCAGAUCCAGAUUGUGUGAACACUGUAUUGAAAAAUGUAACCGAUUUCCUAAAUGUGAUACUCACUGAAGUCUUUGAAGAGGAAAAGGUACCUAAAUUAGAGAUUUUAUUAACUCUUUUAAAUGAUUCCACAGACCAAGUAAGGAUGAUUAUCAACAACUUGACAAGAGACUUUGAUUUUGUAUCUCAAUCCCACUGGAAACGUUUUACUGGAUUCGUUCUAAGACCCAUAGAAAUGUCAGGUGACUUACCUAGCCGAUUUAAAAAUCUUUGGCUGCAUUUAGUAGCUCUGGGGAAGGAAGUUCAGAAACUUAUGAAGGCUGUCUCCACUCACAUCCUAGAAAGAGACUCCUCUUCUACAUCUGAGAAGCUUUUCAACGUAUUUGCUACCAGUCUAAAAGAAAAGGAUGUCAACAGCUUGGGCAAUUCAUUGUAUCAGUUAGCCAGUUACCUUGCCUUCAACUUCUCUCAUGAUCUCCAACAUCCACCACAAAUGAGUCCGCACAAAAUCACGAAAGCUGUAGGACUUGGUAUCCAACUGAUGAGGGAUGUGUUCAACUCCCUGACACCCUCAGUUCUUCACAACAUUCCACGAGAUGCAGGUAAUAGUCAAGUGUUAAAGAAGGUAACUUCUCUCCUGCGUACUCUCAAGAAGCCAGACAUAGACCUACUGGUCGACCAACUUGUACAAAUGAGUGAAGCGCUAACCGAUUUCUUUAAGAACGUCAGUAGAUUGGGUCCUGGCCAUUUGGGGGCCAACCUGCUUGUUGGCUUGCUGGAAAAAUUUGUGGACAGCUCACAUUCUUGGAAUGUCAAUCACCUGCUCAAGCUCUCACGCCUGUUCCCGAAGGAUGACGUUAACGCGGUGGUAGACGCCUACUACGUGCUUCCUCAUGCUGUGAAGCUCCUGCAGAGAGGAGUUGACAAAAACAUCACAGAAAUCCUCGAGGAUGUCUACAAGUUCACUGUCCUUCAUGGCAUCAGCAUCUCAAAUAUCACCAAGGAAGAUUUUGCUAUUGUGAUAAAAACUCUUUUGGACACGGUGGAAUUAAUAUCAGAUAAACCAGCAAUUCUUUCCGAGGCUUUAACUUGCCUUCCUGUGGUCUGGUGCUGGAAUCACACGACUUCUGGAUCGAGGCAAGAUCCCAAGGUAGAAGCCUGUAGAUCCCACGAGCUCACGUCUUCUUCCUUUUAUAGCAAAGUGGCCAGAGUACUCGACCUGCUCCACCUCUCUCCCGUGGGUGGAGGUUUACAAUGUUCGGAUGAAGGCUCACAGGAGGAGAUUUCUAGGACGAUGGUCUGUGUCAUUCAUGAACUAGUGGACUGGACUUCCAUUUUUCUAGAGCUGUCCGAAGUCUUCCACGUUCAAACUUCACUUGUAAAAACCAUGGGAGAAUUUUGGCAUAAAGUGUUACCGUUUGUCCCGUCUUCUGGAAAUCAAAGCAACGGUGGCAUCUCUGAACUUUGUCCCCGCGGCCCCCUAAAGCAAGUUGCUUCGCAGAUCAUAGCAACACUGAAAAGUGUUAGCUUUACAAAAGUUGCACCAGAUGAAAAGAUUCUUGAUACACUAGCCAAUUUAAGCAAGAUCCUCAACAUUAACGAAGGCACAGAGGCAUCUGUUCAAAAUAAGAUUUCCUUAAAUUUGGAGAGGAUCAUGAAAUUGCCUUCUGGGGAUCGGCACCUAGAAAAUGGUGCCCAUUCUGUAGACUCUCCAUUUGUGAUGUUUCUGGAUGCUAACGUGACAGACAGUGGUUUAAAAGCACCAUCAAGCUUUACUAAAACAAGUGAAGCGACUUAUAACUCUUCUUACUUUGAGGAACUGUGGCUUGAGGUUGAACAAAUCAUGACAGAGCUAAGCCACGACUUUCCUAUCAGACACCUGCUUUCUGAAAUUAACAAAGAAAUUCAAAUGAUCAGUUCAGAGACUGUUCAUAAUAUAACUUUGCAACUUGCCCGUGUGUUUGAAAGCCUGGGGUCCUUGUCACUGAAAACAUCAGAAAUCAUUGAAGAUUUUCUAUUGGGCAUGAAAAACUGGCUCCAUAAACGUGCAAACAAAGAUGACUCUAGAAUGAUUGGGACGUUAUUUCUUCUGACAGCCAAUGAGAAUGCAACUGAUGAUACAGCUCUGUGGACCAAAGAUUUUGCUACCUUUUUGGGUUUUCUCAAAGCCAUUUCUAGGGAAGGUGACCUUGACAUUGCCCAUUUGACACAACUGCUAAGCCAAGAGCAGCUAACUAAUUUGUCGCUCGUUCAAUUCCUUUUUGAAAGUGUCCUAAUUAAUUCAAUCAGUAAGUUAGCUGGGAGUUCUCUGGAGGCAGCCUCAAAUUCGAGUGAUACUGACUUUCAGAUAACGAAUUUCAUUAACCUCACCUUGAACCAGACUCCUUCAGGAAAUGGUGCCGGCAUAAUCCUCCCUCCAAGAAGUGCAGUGGAUUUCAUGGAACAGCUUUUGCAAAUGUUCUUCUCAUUUUUACUGGAGGAAAAUUCUGAGAACAGACUAUCUCUUCUGCUGAAGGCCAUCCACAAAGACAUCGCUGCAGAGAUGAGCUUUGUUCCAAAGGAUAAAAUUCUAGAAAUUCUGUCACUGGAUCAAUUUCUUACCAUCUUGAAAGACGACAGACUGAUGAGCAUUUUCUCAAGUUUAAAGGACGCUAUACAUCAUCUCAUCCAAAGGCCUUUUAUUUUAGACAAUGGACAAUUUCAUUUUGAUAUUCAUCGAGGACUGAAGUUCAUGAGAGAUUUAUUUAGUGCUCUUCCAAGGGAAACCUUGGGGACAAACAAGUCGGAAGAUAAUUUGGAGUUUCUUACGGUUGUGAGUCACUUGCUCCGCCACGGGAACAGUUCUGAAGACCUCUUUCAACUCAAUCACGAUCUCAGGUCAGCCCUUCAGCUUGUGAGAGAAACUUCCACAGAGCUAGCACGGCUCAUGGACGCGCUCGCCCACUCUCCUCACAGAGGCUUCCGUAACGUGUAUCCCGCACUCCGAGAAGUCAUACUUGCUAAUCUCACUGGUCUGCUUUCCUUUAUCAAUAAUUCAUUCCCUCUAAGGAACAGGACAACGUUAGAAAUGACCAAGAGAUUCCUUGGUGUUCUCUCAAGAGCUGGUGGAGAAAGUGGUGCCCCGGAGCCCCUGUUGGAAAUGACUGACACCGUGACCUUGCUGGUGCGGGACAUUGCCGACAUGAGAGAUCUUGCCUCCUCGGUGAACUCCGCCGUGGAACUGGUCAGGCUAGCCCAGAAGGUUUCCAGGAAGGUGGCCACUAUUUUUGAAGCCCAUUUCAUCUCUAGUGCCAAUGACACCGUGAAAUUCUUUGACAGUCUCUAUUCUGUUUUGCAACAAAGUGUUCGAAAUGCUGUGAAUGAAAUAACGACUUUGAAAAACGUAGACCGUUUCCUAUCUGAAAAGAUAAACAACUUGUUGACGCCGUUUCUUGACUUGGCUUUUGGGAUGACUGGUGUCACACCUAAUAUUUCACAAGACUCUGAUAUUGUCAACACGUCAUCUAGCACAUUCUCUCAUGUGAACCAGUCCAAGGACUUUUCUGAUAUUUCGGAAGAAAUUGCUGAAUUUUUAACUUCCGUGAAAAUCAAUUUGGGGGCUAUGGAGCUUCUUCUGGUAGCUUUUAAUAACGCAACUCAAAUAUUCAGUAUGGAUUCUGUCAACCUAUGGGAAGAAAUUUUGGAUUGCUUCGUUCCUAUAAGUAGUAUCAUCAACCAGAUAGACUUCUUGCACCCUCGUCCACUCCCCACUCAUUGUUGCCCUCAGGGUACUAAAUGGGAAAGAACCCAGGAAGUGAUCCUGUUUUUGGAUGAAAUGCUAUCACGAGACAGCACGGAAAUAGGGACGUACUUGAGAAUGGCGAUUGAUCUCACCUUGGAAGCUCUUUGGAGUAACUUAGAGAAGGAUAACAGGUCUGUCUUUAAUCUGUUGCUGACAUUGGUUCAACAUCCAGAUGACCUUCUGAAAGCCAUAGAGACAGCUGGGGAGGUCUCUGGUGGAACAGGUGAUCUGAGCGAAGCUUUGUUUUCCAACGCAUCUCUGAUUCCGAAUGUAACUCGUCAACAACUCGAGCAAUCAGUCCAGAUCAUGUUAAGGAGAAUAGCUCUCUUGAGAAAAGAAUUUCCCCUGAACAACUCUCAGUGGGUAGACUCCACCAGAACAUUGUUCCAGCCCAUCUUUGAGAGUUUUAUUAAUGCAGCCACUGGAAAGAAUACCACAUCGGGGAAAGAAGAGAGCAUUGAGGAGGUGAUGGCUGAUUUUCCUUACAUCCUCAAACCACUAUCAAGUUUCGAGAAGUACCUGAAGGAACUAAUUGCAUUGACGGAGUGCUGGCAAGAGGUCCCACUGAUGGAUCAAAGUGUUGCCAUGUGUCGGAUUUUCCAGCAGCCUCGGAAACCCCCGGAAGCCGUGGCGACUCUGCAGAAGGUGACGAUGCUGGCUCUGCACCUGUUCCUCAUCCUUGCAGAAAACCCUUCCCUGACGAAGGACAUCAUGUGUGCUGCUCUGAGCUGCCAGCGAGGUGGGGCGUGGCGUGUCCUUUCACCCGCGCUACAAGCGGCCGCCUUGGCUCACGGCCACUACCAGGAAAUAGAAGAGACAUGGUCCUCACCUCUCCAGCUGGACUGUGAAAGUCUUAGCAGGAAUCUUUCCAGCACCCUGGCGAACUUCAAGACUAGCCUGGAACACGCCACUGACCAGGACUGUGAAUGCGAGCCGGUGCUGGACUUGGCCCAACAGCGCGUGCACACGUUGGCCCAAAGCCUCGAGGAGACUUGGUUGUCGGGGAAUCCCGUGAUGGCCUUCCUCAGGAAUUUCACAGUGACCGAAGAUGUCAGAGUCAAAGAUGUGAUGCAGAACGUCUCCAAGCUCACCAGGGAGCUCCAAUCUUCCAUCCAUGUCUCAAACGAGACCAUCCACAGUGUUCUAGAAGCCAGCAUCUCCCAUUCCCAGGUUCUCUGGAGCAUCCUCGCGGUGGCUUUGUCCGGAAGGUGUGAUCUAGACGCCCUUCGCCUGCUACUGGCGUUUCCCGAGGACGGGAAGUCGGAGUCUGCGGUGCGGGAAGUGUGUGCCCUGCCCGGGCCCGAAGUGUAUUCCCUGAUUGUGUCCAUGAGUCAGAACCUGAAUCUGCGGAGUUUCAUUUACAAAACUCUGCUGCCUUUGGAAGCGAGCAGAGUGCUCAGCUCCCUGUUGGACGUGGUCUCCAGGCUCAGCCACCUGCUUGCCAAAGCCGGCUACGUUCUGGAAUACCUUCCCGAAUUUCUUCGUGUGAAUAAAAUCACUGCCUUGCUGGACACGCCCGACUUUCAACAGGAUCCACAGAAUGGCCAGGCCAGAAGUUCAGCCUUCGGUUCUUUCCAGUCCGUGAUGAAGAAGAUUUGCAAGGAGCCCACGUCGUUUUUCAGCAGCUCCAACUCAUUCAUUAACUUGCCCAGAGUUAACGAGCUCCUGGGAGGGGACAAAGAAAAAUUCAACAUUCCCGAAGAUUCAACACCAUUUUGCUUGAACCUCUAUCAGGAAAUUCUACAGUCUCCAAAUGGCGCUUUGGUGUGGUCCUUCCUAAAACCUGUAUUACAUGGAAAAAUACUGUACACACCAAAUACUCCAGAGAUUAAUGAGAUCAUUGGAAAGGCAAAUUAUACUUUUCAUUUCGUGGACAAGCUGAAGACUUUAACAGAAACCUUGCUGGAAGUGUCCAGCGUUUUUCAGAGUGGAGGGAGUGGCCAGAUGCUCAGCAAACUGCAGGCAGCCCUGAGAAACAAAUUCAUAAGAAACUUUGUAGAAAGCCAGCUGCACAUUGAUGUAGACAAGCUGAUGGAAAAGCUCCAGACUUACGGAGUGAAGCUGGACGAGCUGUUUGCCCACGGGGACACCGGGCAUCUCCGUGUCCUGGGCCGUAUCUUGGUCAACCUGUCCUCCUGCGUGGUGUUGAACCGCUUCCAGGCCCUGGAGUCUGUCGCCAGCCUGGAGUCGAGAGCCCGUGAACUCAUGCAGCAGAAUGACUUCUUGGCUAGUGUCAUAUUCAACAGUUCGCUGGGCAGCGGGGACUUGGGGACGCCGUCUCUGCGCCCGCCGCCCCACGUCACAUACACCAUCCGGACCAGCGUCCUACACAGCAUGAGGACAGAUUUGGUGAAAAACCCUUUCUGGAAGUUCCAUCCUCAGAACCUACCGGCCGAUGUGUUCAAGUACAACUACAUCUUUGUCCCGUUGCAAGACAUGAUCGAAAGAGCUAUCAUCUCGGUGCAGACCGGGCAGGAGGCUGAGGAGCCGGCCACGCAGACACAGGCCAUGCCGUACCCCUGUCACACCAGGGACCUAUUCUUGAACAACGUUGGUUUCUUUUUCCCUCUGAUCAUGAUGCUGACGUGGAUGGUGUCUGUGGCCAGCAUGGUCCGAAAGCUGGUGUACGAGCGAGAGAUCCAGAUAGAAGAGUACGUGCGGAUGAUGGGGGUGCACCCGACCAUCCUUUUCCUGGCCUGGUUUCUGGAGAACAUGGCCAUGCUGGCCAUCAGCAGUGCUGCCCUGGCCAUCAUUCUGAAAGUGAGCGGCAUCUUUGCGCACAGCAACGCCUGUAUCAUCUUCCUCUUCCUCCUGGAUUUCGCGGUGUCGGUCGUCAUGCUGAGUUACUUCCUAAGCACAUUUUUCAGCCAAGCCAACACGGCUGCACUCUGCACUAGCCUGGUGUACAUGAUCAGCUUCCUGCCCUACAUCGUUCUGUUGGUUCUCCGUAACCAUUUGAGUGUUGUCAUUCAGACGUUUCUGUGCCUGCUUUCCACCACCGCCUUCGGCCAAGGAGUAUUUUUGGUUACCUUCCUAGAAGGGCAAGAAGCAGGGAUUCAGUGGAAUAACAUGUACCAGCCUCUGGAGCAAACGGGUGUGACGUUUGGCUGGGUUUCCUGGAUGAUUCUCUUUGAUUCAGGCCUUUAUUUUGUAUGUGGAUGGUACUUGGACAACUUGCUUCCUGGAACUUUUGGAUUAAGGAAACCAUGGUAUUUUCCCUUUACCGAGUCGUACUGGAGGAACUUGGGUGGUUUCCUGGCAAAGAGACCACACGCUCCCAGUUCUAACCUAUCCUUCUCCAGCGAGAACUUUGACGAUAAAGGGUCCUCGCUGCCGAUCGGGGAGGGAAAGCCAGGAGGUCCCCCGGGCGUCGCCCUGCUGUCUGUGACCAAGGAAUAUGAGCGCCACAAGGCGGCCGUCCGAGACCUGACCCUCACCUUCCACAGAGGCCAGAUCUCUGCCCUGCUGGGGACCAACGGUGCCGGGAAAACCACAGUCAUAUCCAUGCUGACGGGGCUCCACCCGCCCACUUCCGGAACCAUCACCGUCAAUGGCAGGAACCUGCAGACAGACUUGUCUGCCAUCAGAAGGGAGCUCGGGGUGUGUCUUCAGCGGGACGUCCUGUUUGACAACCUCACCGUCCUGGAGCACCUGGUCCUCUUUGCUUCCAUCAAGGCGCCGCAGUGGACCCGGAAGGAGCUGUGCCAACAGGUCAACAGAACCCUGCGGGACGUGGAGUUAACGCCGCAUCGGCACAAACAGACCCGCGUGCUCUCCGGAGGCAUGAAGAGGAAGCUGGCCAUCGGCAUCGCCUUCAUCGGUGGGUCGGGGACCGUGGUUCUGGAUGAGCCGACCAGCGGGGUGGACCCCUGCUCCCGCCGCAGCAUCUGGGACAUUCUCCUCAAGUACCGAGAAGGUCGGACCAUCAUCUUCACGACCCACCACCUGGAUGAGGCUGAGGCGCUCGGUGACCGUGUGGCCCUCCUGCAGCAUGGCCGGCUCCGCUGCUGCGGUCCCCCCUUCUGCCUGACCCAGGCCUACGGCCAGGGACUCAGCCUGACGCUCAGCAAGCAGCCUUCUGCUCCGGAGACCGAUGACCUGAAGCACGUCGCUCGUGCCACGUCUCUGAUCCAGACCUACAUCCCUCAAGCCUUCCUCAAAGACAGCAGCGGGGCUGAGCUGGUCUACGGCAUUCCCAAGGAUGCAGACAGAGCCUGCUUCAAAGGGCUGUUCCAGACCCUGGAGCAGAACCUCGACCAUCUGCAUCUGACCGGCUUCGGGAUUUCAGACGCCACACUGGAAGAGGUGUUCCUGAUGCUGCUGCAAGGUUCCAAAAAGCAAUCAGACGCUGCUCUGGGAGCCGGCGUUGAGCCGCGGGACCACGGGCCUCCAGAGCACUGUAAGUACCCGACACGUCUCUGCAUUUCUGCUGAGGGGAUGACGUCUUCAUCCUUCACCCAGAGCCGCUCGGCGCAAAGCUGGGACAUGAAGGGACUGAAGGCAGCCGGGGCGGUAACUGGGGACACAGGUCACGGCCCAGGGAGCAAGGCUGAAGGUCUCGUCCUGACUGGUAUAAAGAACAAUGGCACACUGCGAGUGCUGAGCUGGGCCCUGGAGGUGGGCGGGCUGGUGGGUGGACAGGGGGACAAAGUGCCAGCUGCCCCCUUCCUGCAGAUCUGGCGUGGUGCCCCAUCCAGGAUCCCGCGCCCUCCGUGGCCUCUGGCUCAGGCAGGGGCCCUCCUGGUGAAGCGGUUCCAGCACACGCGCCGGGCCUGGAGGAGCUCCCUCUCCGACCUCCUGCUGCCUGUCCUCUUCGUGGCCUUGGCCAUGGGCUUGUUCAUGGUGAGGCCUCUGGCCAUUGACUACCCGCCCCUCAAACUAACACCUGGCCAUUAUGACACAGCCGAAACUUACUUUUUCAGCAGUGGGACCGAGGACCACGAGCUCAUCCACGUGCUUUUGAGGGCGUUUGCAGAUGAGGAUCCGCUCUGUGACGGUUUAAACCCCAACUUACACCCAGACCCGAAGAACUCUUCGUGCUGGCGAGUGGACCCCCCAUCUCACCCGCAAGUCCAGGAUUCCUGCACCUGCCUGACGUGUCUCAACAGAAGUGCUGGGGCUCCCUACCUGACCAACCGCUUGGGCCACACUCUGCUGAACCUGUCUGCCUUCCGCCUGGAGGAAUAUUUGCUGGUGCCGUCUGAGAAAUCGAGGCUUGGAGGCUGGUCUUUUGGAGUGCGGAUCCCCGAUCAAGUUCAAGGAGAGGUCCAUUACUCUAUCUUUCUGUUUUAGGUGUGGUACAGUCAGAAGGGUUUUCAUUCCCUCCCGUCCUACUUAAAUCAUCUGAACAACCUUAUAUUGUGGACACACCUACCCCCUGCUGCGGACUGGAGACAAUACGGAGUGACUCUGUACAGCCACCCGUACGGAGGGGCCUUGCUGAACGAGGACAAGAUCAUGGAGAGCAUCCGUCAGUGUGGUGUCGCCCUCUGCAUCGUGCUGGGCUUCUCCAUCCUGUCGGCGUCCAUCGGUAGCUCCGUGGUGAGGGACAGGGUGACCGGAGCCAAGAGACUGCAGCACAUAAGUGGCCUCGGCUACAGGACGUACUGGCUCGCUAACUUCCUGUAUGACAUGAUCUUUUACCUGGUUUCCGUGGGCCUGUGCGUCACUGUCAUUGCCGCCUUCCAGCUGACGGCGUUCACGUUCCGCAAGAACUUGGCAGCCACGGCCCUCCUGCUGGGGCUUUUCGGAUAUGCGACUCUCCCAUGGAUGUAUCUGAUGUCCAGAAUCUUCUCCAGCUCAGACGUGGCGUUCAUCUCCUACGUGUCCCUGAACUUCAUCUUUGGGCUCUGCACCUUGUUGAUGACCAUCAUGCCCAGGCUGCUGGCCAUCAUCUCCAAAGCUCAGAGUCUGCAGAACAUCUAUGACGUCCUUAAGUGGGUUUUCACCGUAUUUCCUCAGUUCUGCCUGGGGCAGGGGCUGAUUGAACUCUGCUACAACCAGAUCAAGUACGACCUGACCCACAGCUUCGGCGUCGAUUCCUACGUGAGCCCCUUUGAGAUGAACUUCCUGGGCUGGACCUUCGUGCAGUUGGCCUCACAAGGCACCGUGCUUCUCAUCCUGAGGGUUCUGUUGCACUGGGACCUUCUGCAGCGGCCGCGAGGUCAGGCUGCCAUCCAAGGCACGGUCACGUUUUCCAAGGAUAUAGAUGUGGAACGAGAGCAGAUACGAGUGUUGAAAGGAAGGACCAGUGAAGACCUUCUCGUGUUAUGCAACCUUAGUAAAAGCUAUGGAGGCUUCUUCAAGAAGACCACCGCUGUGCAAGAUAUCAGCGUGGGCAUACGAAGAGGAGAGUGCUUUGGGCUCCUGGGGGUGAACGGGGCCGGGAAGAGCACCACGUUCAAGAUGCUGAAUGGAGACACCCCUCCGACCUCAGGACACGUGGUCGCCAGGACUCCCACAGGGUUCGGUGAUGGCUAUACAGUCAAGAUUUGGCUCUGUAAGGAAACCAGUCCACACAGUGUGGUUUCUGACUGCUUGAAGCUCCAUUUUCCAGGGAUCCAGUUUAAGGGGCAGCGCCUUAACCUGCUGGAAUACCACGUGCCAAAGCAGUGGGAGUGCUUGGCCGACCUGUUCAGGGUUCUGGAAGGCAAUAAGACCUUCCUGAGUAUCCAACGUUACUCCAUCAACCAAACCACUUUGGAACAGGUAUUUAUUAAUUUUGUUACCGAGCAACAGAAAGCUUCACCGUGUACCCGGGCUCCAUCCACCGGCUGUCACCAGCCCGAUCACCUGCCUAUCUAAGCACGAAAGGAGACGUUUCUAAGAGGAACAAUACCUUGCCUUUGGUUAACAAGUCAUCCUGGAGGAUCAGAGGAGCCCGAGCACCCCGGAAGUGCUGGGAGUCUGGCUCCUGCUGGUCAAAUCCAUACUUUCUCAUUUCCUUUUUGAAACUGCUAACUGAUAACCAGCCACCUCAAAGAUUGGUUUCUGUAGACUUUUAGGGCAUCCCCCUGCAUGGUUUGUCAAGCCAAGGAGGGGCCGGCUUCUUGGUGACGGGGGCACGAGGGACCCUCAAGUCCCGACUGAGACAUCUUGGAGCUGAUAAGGCUCUGCCAGAGAUCAUCCGUUCCGAACAUUUCACUGUACCUUGAAGGAAACUGAGGCGGCCAAGGCUAGUAACUUUCCCGACUGAUUUGUUUAGGAAAUAGUAGCUCAGGCUAUUUUCCAUUUUUGCCCCAUUUUACUAGAUACGCUGACAUGUGUCUAAAUAAAAAUUCAAGGAUUUAAAUACCAUUUUUUUUGUAAUACUGGAUGUUCUAUGGUAGGACAUGUGAAAAUUGCCAUUUUUUUUUCAUACAAAAGCUGCUUUUUUUAAAGAAAUCAGGAUUCAGGAGGGUUUUAGUGAACCCUUUAGCAAAAUUGAGUAAAUUGAACUGGGUACUCUCUGCCAUUUAUAACAGUUUUACCAGAGUUGUGCAGGUUUUAAAUAUAGGGAGGUACGGAAAGCAAUAUAAUGUGGAUGUAUUCUGUUUUUCUUAAUUUCUUAAUUUUCUUAAUACCUCCUGGCAUUCUCUCGGUUUUAAAAUCAAUGACGCACACUGUCUAGUUACCCUCUCAUUUUGCCAGGAAAAUUAGUAUGAUACGUAGUAAAUAAACAUUACCUUCCAAACACUUGAAAAUUUUCUAACAACUAAGCCAUUCUCGGAGUUACUGCCCUAGUCUCUUCAGAUAACAAAGUCCCGCGAAGUGGCUCCAGAGGGCCAUGGCGGGUUGACAUUCUGCAUCUGAUGGCAACAGGCGUGAAGUGAGUAUGUCGGUCCCUGAAAAUGGUUUCUUGCCAGGCGUUUCUGAGUUUUGAGAUGUUUCUCAACCUUCUUUGAAUAACAUUUUUUCUCAAAUCUCCAUGGACAGCUGCAUUCAUUUCAUUUGAAAGUUCGACCUUAUCCAAUUAAAGUUUUGAGUAAUAGUAGCUUGGGGCCCAAAGCUUGUGAGAUUCCUGUCCCUUUUCUUUCCAGAUGCAGGAUUUCACUAAAAUCUGUCUUUUCCUGAUACCAUUCGAUAAUAGAGAUCUUUUUAACUUGUCAGGAUUCAGCCAAUCACGGAGAGUUUUUGUUCAGAUGAUUUCAGUUUCACAUGAAUCACAUGAAUCACGCUUUCCUAAAGAAGUUGCAAUUUAGGGUUUUAGGAUGCCACCCCCACCCCCCCGUUCUAACACAGUCUCAUUGUCAAAGUGGAGGAUGUAAUCCUUUGUUAUGAUUGUUGUUGAAUUGAUCAAUAAAGCCCAAGACCCGGGAACAUGGUUCUACUGUAGUGAA